CCAGAGAACCUUUGGAGUUUGAUAUGAUGUGAUCACUGAUGACACGUGAACACGCAGUCUUCACAAUGACACGGCUGUGAUCGCACGCAGGUGAUAUCUGAAAUUGCUCAGUGAGCACCAAUAAUUUCCCUGAUUUACAAAUUGCUGUCAAUCACAUCCAAUGGAAUCCAAUCAGAAAACAAAUGGGGACGGACUGGUGGGGACACAGAAGGAGGCGGCACUGCGGGUGCUCAUGCAACGCACCGGAUACCAGCUGCGGCAGGAGAACGGCCAGCGGCGGUACGGCGGCCCACCACCUGGCUGGGAUGGACCCCCACCGGAAAGAGGCAGUGAAAUCUUUGUGGGGAAACUACCAAGAGAUUUGUUUGAGGAUGAACUGGUUCCACUUUGUGAGAAGUUUGGUAAGAUCUACGAGGUAAGGAUGAUGAUGGAUUUUAAUGGCAACAACAGAGGUUACGCCUUCGUCACAUUCAGCACCAAACAGGAAGCCAAAGCAGCGAUGAAGCAGCUCAACAACUACGAGAUCAGGAACGGCCGCCUCCUUGGUGUUUGUGCCAGUGUUGACAAUUGCCGACUCUUUGUGGGUGGAAUUCCCAAAAUGAAAAAGCGUGAGGAGAUCCUAUCUGAGAUGAGAAAGGUCACUGAUGGGGUCAUGGAUGUCAUUGUCUACCCCAGCGCCGCAGACAAGUCCAAAAACCGAGGCUUUGCCUUUGUGGAGUACGAGAGCCACCGAGCAGCUGCCAUGGCCCGCCGCAAGCUGCUGCCAGGUCGUAUUCAGCUGUGGGGUCACGCCAUCGCCGUGGACUGGGCGGAGCCUGAGGUGGAGGUUGAUGAGGACACCAUGGCAACCGUGAAGAUACUUUAUGUGAGGAAUCUGAUGCUGCAGACCACAGAGGAGACCAUCGAGAAAGAGUUUAACAGCCUCAAAGCAGGUGCUGUGGAACGCGUGAAGAAGAUCAGAGACUACGCCUUCGUCCAUUUCACACAGAGGGAAGACGCCAUCAACGCCAUGAAGGCUUUGAAUGGAAAGGUAUUGGAUGGCUGUCCUAUCGAGGUCACUCUGGCUAAACCUGUAGACAAGGACAGCUACGUGCGUUACACCAGAGGGACCGGCGGUCGCGGUGCAUCUCUACUGCAAACUGACUACACCGCCUACACUCUAGGACAGGUGUACGACCCCUCAGCAGCAUAUCUGGGUGCACCUGUGUUUUACGCCCCACAAACCUACGCUGCCAUACCAAGUCAGUUCCGUUUCCCAGCCAAAGCUCAAAUUGGAGGUCGAGGUCUGAUCAGGACACCGUCUAUCCGAGAAAUUUACAUGACUGUACCUGUAGGGGCUGCGGGGGUGCGGGGAUUGGGUGGGCGGGGCUACCUGGCCUAUGCAUCCGGGAUCGGAGCCGUCAGCCGUGGUGGAGGUGGCGGCGGAGGUGGCAGCAGCGCCUCUUAUGGACUGAAGACAGACAAACAGACAGAUGAGAAGUUGUACGACCUGCUGCCAGGGAUGGAGCUGACACCCAUGAACCCUGCUGCCAUGGGCCUAAAAGCAACAGGGAUCAAACCUGCUCCACAGGUCCUGGACGAGUUGUGUCAUAAGAAUAACUGGGGACAGCCGGUCUAUCAGCUGCACUCGGCCAUCGGUCCAGACCAAAGACAGCUGUUCCUCUACAAGAUCACAAUCCCAGCUCUGGCAACACAGUACCCAAACGUUCAUCCCUUUACUCCAACCAAACUGUGUGCGGGUGUAGAGGAAGCUAAAGUCCACGCUGCCGAGCACACGCUGCAGACUCUGGGACUACAGACAGAGGGCGCUGCUGAUGCCGCUGUGGCCUCAGUAGCCUUCCCAGGUUACACUCUGGCAGCGGCCUCAGUGGUGGCCUCCCAGUUGAAGCAGACUGUGUCUCUGGGUCAGGACCUGACCACCUAUGCCACCUAUGACAGCUACCCCGCCUUUGCCGUGGCGGCACGACACGCCGACGGAUACGGUGUUUUCUAGAACAGUUUCCAAACAAAACAAACUCUGGUAGUUAAAGCUGUGCUCACACCAUUUCAAUUUUAAAACAGCGAGAUAUUUUAAAUAAGUUAUAGACAACAAACCUGAAUUUAGUGACUUGCACAAAUAAUAAAAAAAGCAAACUGCACCAACCAAUCAUGGUGGAAAAGCGAUGGAGCUUUCUACAGCAAGAAACUGGGAAAAUUUCCAUCCAUCUCAAGCUGCGUAUGACGACCUUCAAAAAGAUAAUAAAUAUCUUUUUAAUAUUUAA